AUGGGAAAACGUCAACAUUGUUAUUUAUGCGAUUUGCCGCGUAUGCCGUGGGCGAUGCUCCACGAUUUUUCCGAAGCCGUUUGCCGCGGAUGUGUCAAUUACGAGGGUGCGGACAGAAUCGAAAUAGUUUUGGAAACGGCGAGGCAAAUGAAGAGAGCUCACGGAUUUCAGGAAUCCACGAGAUCCGGAUCCUCGUCGUCGUCGUCGUCGUCGUCGAGUCAUUCCAAUUCGCAAAAAACGAGUUUAAAUCACCGGUCGUCUAAUCACGAAUCUCAAAACGGUGUGGAUUUGAUAGGGAUUCCCGGGCCGCAAACGCAGGGACGUAACAAUCCGCCGGGUACGAAUUACGUCUUGCACCACUCGCGAACGGGUUUGCUAACGGAAUAUUCGAGCGCGGCGGGUCCGCCCGGGUCUCGAUCCCGCGGUGACUCCGCUCCGAACGCCGCCGCCGAUCACGAAAUACUAACGAGACAAUCCGUUCGAUUGCCAUCGGCGGCACACUUGGCCGUGGCUCACAUGCCGCAAAGUCACCACAGAACGAAUUCGCUCCCGUCGCAAAACACUCUCAAGAGAGGGUUGUCGACUCCGUUGGAAGCGGACGAGGAGCAUCAUCACGAUAGCAAGAGAAUGAUAUCCGUCGAGGAUCAGGUGUCCAGGCCGCCGCUCACAAGGGGUGAAAGCCUUCCGGCCGUUUCAUUGGCCGUACCCUUCGUGGCCGCGGAAAGAACUUUCAAAACGGAAAAACACCCCAUUCGAGCUCCGAGUUUCGACACGGCGACGAGUUUCAAACCCAACGAAGACAUGGAGUAG